CUUUGUAGUGCAUUAAAAUGUUGGUUCAUAUCAGUUUGCAGGAAAUGCAUUUAUGAGAAGCUCUCAGAUGAGGAGGUUGAUUGUUGUCCUGUAUGUAACGUUGAUCUGGGCUGUCUUCCUGUGGAGAAACUGAGGCCAGACCACAAUUUACAAGAUAUCAGAGCCAAAAUAUUUCCUCUCAAGAGGAGAAAGAUAACCGCACCCGAAGUGUCGCCCUUGGCUACGUUACCCGUGAAAAGGAAGGAGCGAUCGCUAUCUUCGUUGGUGGUAAACACACCCAAAGUACCAAUGCAGAGUAGCGGCUUGACUGGAAGACGAUCGAAGAAUGUUGCAAGAAAGGCUUCGACUUUACGAGGAUGUAGUGUCGGGAUCGAGGAACCGCUAAAGAAAGAAGAAGAUUCAGGAGAAGAUCAUACACCAAGUUCCAGCUCUUCUGAUUAUUUGACUAAAAACGUUCAGCACAGAAGGCCCGACUCAUCUUUCGCCGAGCCAUCUAACAGUACAAGACACGAGGAUCUUACAGUAGAAGGAAAAGCCGAUCUCUGGACACCCUUGAAUUGUUUGGUAGAAGCUGCUAACCGAACGAAGUCAACCAAACUAAAUUUCCAAGACCCGUCAAUGGCCAAACUCGAACCAUCGAUCGUUGCUGAUGCUGAUCUCAAUGCACAAGAAACCAAUGCAAAACCGCUGUCACUUGGAGCUCCGAAUUACGGACCGUGUAUGCCGAAAACAAGAAAUAAAGAGCAUGGAAGCCACCUAAAGUCCAAGGAUAACCAUAAUAAUGGGACGACAUCACUCCCAGAAUCCAUGAAACGUCGAAGGUUACGAGCAGUAGCUCGUAACAAGGCAGCUUCGUCUGUCGAGCUAGGCUCGACAGCACAAGCUGUGCUCGAUGCGUCGGCCGAUAAAUGUAGAAGAAAUAACUCGAUUUGGUUCACAUUAAUCGCUUCGGAAGACAGGAAAGGAGGUUUUCCGUUGCCUCAAAUAUCAACUUCUUACUUGAGAAUAAAAGAUGGGAAAAUGCCUGUUUCGUCUAUCCAAAAGUACCUUGUAAAGAAACUAGAUCUUGAGAGUGAAGCUGAGGUGGAAAUAUCGUGUCGGGGUCAGCCGGUGCUACCAACACAGCAGCUACAAAACUUGGUCGACUUGUGGUUUCGAACGGCGUCCACGGCUAAGAAAAUUCCAGCAUCUGUUGGCUCGUCUGCUAAGGACUUUGUUAUGGUCCUCUC